AUGCCUAAGAAAGUCUCCUACGAAGACUUGGAGGAGAGAGCUGACGCAAAUGGUUACAUUCCUGAAAAUCCCGAGAUCAGUGCUGAACCAGAGCAGAGAAAAUUGUCAGAAUCUCCCGAGCGAGAAUAUGGCAAAGUAUGGGCGGUAUGGAAGAGGUGUAGUGAAAAACACGGCGACAACAUCUUGGAUGAGAAGACAAUGAGAGACUUCAUAGUCUUCCUUGCGAGUAGUGCUAGAGGGCAGAAGAAAAAUGAACCAAGACCGAAAGCAUCAUAUAUCAUGGAGAGAUGGAAGCAAUUCAUCGCGGAGUGGGCCCGUCGACAAAAGCAAAAGAUGCCAAGUAGGGUGACCAACUCUGGCACACAUCUAAUUAGCAACUCCCAUUUCAAGCAUCUGCUAGAGCAAUUGUGGGGCCAUGAUUGGCACGAGUAUUUCGCUCUGAUAUAUCGAGUAUACCACUCAGCCAUCCUCAAGAUGUCCAUGUAUUCAUCUGCACGUCAGGGCGAGUAUGUUGAGUCAAAUGCGCGAGGACAAUCGGGCCGGGGGAUGUAUGUCCCUGAUGACUUGACCUUUGUUGUUAUCCGUGAUCGCAACGGCCAAGCUCAAAUGGUUGUCCGCCCAAAACGAGAUGCAAAGAACAUGAACAAUGAAGACAAACAGCCCCGGCAUCCGAUGCAAGAAAAUAUUGGGCCUAAUCCCCUAUAUUUGAAUCCAGUAUUGGAGCCACUUGUGAUUUGCCUGGCAUGUGGUCUUUUCCGCGACUUCAAGACAGCUGAUGAGAUAUUCGCACUUGAGCCACCACCAUAUGAAAAGGCUUAUGAACUUGUGCUAGAUUGUCCAACCAUUGAUCUGUAUGACUCAGACUCUAGAGGGUUUUCAACAUUCUUUGAGAAAAUUGAGAAUGGAGCCCUGACUGGUCAGAUCCUCACUGGGAAUCGGGCAGGUAGUGAACUAAGAAAGCUGGGUUUCUGUACUGGGUAUGAAAAGCCGCCUACUGUUCAUGCUUUGUGUAGAGAGGGACUUGUUCAGGCAAAUGCGGAAGGAUACAGUAUGGAAGAAAAAGCACAGUUUGCUGGCCAUGGGUUAAAUCCUAGGAUAUUUUUUGAGUCCUACAUGAGCUCAACUAGCAGUGUUCAGGGCGUGUUGAACAUUCUGAAGUUGGACUGUGAAGAGAACCUGGCAGAACCAUUUCGCGGUUUAACAUUGCGGCGUCACCCAAAAUUAUGGCAGGCCCUACCAGCGAAACUGCAGGAAGAUCUGGAGGACAAUGCAGAGUGUGCUGAGCUUAAUGAUCAGAUUAUCAAGCUGACUGAGAUGAUUGAAACUGCAAGCUCCGAUGAGCAAUCCCAGAACUUGGAAGUGCAGCAGUGA